AUGAAAUUCUUCUCAGCUUUGUGUUUGCGGGUCGCGACGGCCUUGCUGCUGGCGUUGCUGCUGCUGCAGCAGCAGCUGCUGCAGCAGCCCUGGCUCGGGCCAGCAACCGCGGUGGCCGCAGCCGCGGAGACCUCCGUAGCGGCAGCAAGGGCGCCCGCAACAGCAGCAGCAGCAGCAGCAGCAGCAGCAGCAGCAGAAGCAGCAGCAGCUCGAGAUCACGUAUCACUGGAGUUUCCGCGUCUGAAGCUUCUCUUUGAGGCCUCCGAAAACAGCAUCUCCACUUCUCAAUUUCCUUUAGAAACAUACCGGAAGAUCUGGAAGAUCUUUGGGCAGGUGCUGAAGCAAGCGAGGCAGCAGCAGCAGCAGCAGCAGCUGCAGCAGCAGCAGCAGCAGCAGCGCGGGCAUCCGCACAGCCCGUCGCCCUACCCCGAGUUCGUCGUCCGGGGCAUCCCAGGCUUCGUCUUGGGCGGCAUCCACGAGCUGCACUUUGCCUGCCGCUUGCUGACCAGCAGCAGCAGCAGCAGCAGCAGCAGCAGCAGCAGCAGCAGCAGCAGCAGCAGCGCGGGGAUGUCUGUGCUGAUGUGCAGCGGGCAGCCGCCUGCUGGCAGCGGGGAAACUGUGGCCUCGUUCGGGCUCGAGCUGGUGGGGGGCGUGUUUCCCGCAGCAGCAGGGCGGCGGGGCCCGGCAGCAGCAGCAGCAGCAGCAGCAGCAGCAGCAGCAGCAGCAACUUGCAAGCUGGGGCUGCGGAACUGGCGGCGCGACGAAGCCACCCUCAGCAGCUACUUAAGAGCUGCUGUGGGGCUUUGUGCUGCACUGGGCUACGGCCACCAGGUGUACGUACACCCCAACGGCCCCGUGCUGGAGUACUUGCCUCAGUUGAAUCCCCAAAGCAUUUUGGGUUUGGGAUUUCUUUCAACAGCUUCUCGGUACUUGGAGUUUGGAGAAGCAGCUCCGUUGGCAGCAGUGAACCCGAGUCCUGCUGCUGCUGCUGCUGCUGCUGCUGCUGCUGCUGCUGCGCCCGCUGCAGCGGCCAGCGACCCCCACCGCGAGGAAGCAGCAGCAGCAGCGCUGCAGGCCCCGGGGCCCCUCAGCAAACUCGCCUGGCUGGGGGCCCCCCUGGGCCAAAAUGUCUUGCGAGAAGCUUUGGAGAAAAUAAAAAAAGGAAUGGAAGCAGCAGUUUUGGUGGAGGGGCCCUCGGGGCCCUCGGAAGAGGGUUGUUCUUUGCUGCUGGGGCUGCAGCAGGAGGCGUUCAAGUUGCUGGCAGCAGCAGGGGCCCCCAGCUGCAGGCCGGGGGGCCUGCUGCUGCAGUGCAGCAGGGAGCUGCAGCAGCGGUGGUCCAGCGAGGCGCAGGCUGCUGCGCUGCUGCUGCUGCAGCAGCUGGAGGCGGCGCUGCCGCAGCAGCUGCUGCAGGGCAGCCGCAUGCUGCGGCUGCUGAAGCAGCCCGGCGUGUGGCUGCUGCUGCAGCGGCUGCUCGGCGGCGCUGCUGCAGCACGCCUCGAGGCCCCGCAGCAGCAGCAGUGGUACGCAGCAGACAUGCUGCUGCUGGGGCCCCACAACUUCCAGCAGCAGCCCUACAACAAAAUGGGCUUUUCAGCAGCAACUUUGCUUUCCGAGCUGCUGCGCUUCAGCACUUUCUUUCUGGACCUUUCCAGCAGCAGCAGCUACUGGAGUUCCAUGGGUUGGGGCUGCAUCUUCGAGCAGAUGGCUCUUGCUGCUGCUGUUGGUUCUGUCUUCCACAGGUUUGCGCCCCUGGGGGUCUCGCGGCUGCAGCGCGCAGCAGCAGCAGCAGAAGCUGUUGCUGCUAUGACUGCUGCUGCUGCUCCUCCGGAGCAGGACGAGGGGCCUUUCGCGGGGGCUUCCGGGCGCCGCUCGCCCUCCCCGCAGCAGCGGCGGCUGCAGCAGCAGCUCGAGCAGCAGCAGCAGCAGCAGCAGCAGCAGCGGCGGCAGCACAAGCGGCAGCGGUCGGCGUCGCUGCUGCAGGUGGGGUCGCAGCGCUCGGGGCUGUGGGACUCCCCAAUGGGCCACUACGCGCGGCAGCAGCAAGCAGCAGCAGCAGCAGCGUCGCAGCAGCUGAGUUCCGGUUUGCUGCUGCGGCCGGUGAUGCCUGCGUACGACUUCAGGGAGCUGCAGGAGCUGGCAGCAGCAGCAGCAGCAGAGCUGCAGGCGGGCAGCAGCAGCAGCCUGGAGGCGCGGGCAGCAGCAGCGCGGCGGCUGUGGCUGGAAAGCCCCCUCUUCAAAGCUGGCAGCAGCCUUCUCAUCAAAAAAGUCCCCACCAGAGAAAAUGGACCAAUGGACCUGACCAUUGUCUGCAGCAGCAGCGGCUACUUCCCAGUCACUGCCAACUUGGCUGGCUGGCUUUCCCCGCUGCUGUGCGAGCCGCACUACAGCCCGCGGGGGGCCCCACAGUCUGCGGGCAGUUCGGGCAGCAGCAGCCCGGAGUGGGGUUCUCCGGUGCCCUUGCGGCGGCGCCGCAGCAGCAGCAGCAGCAGCAGCAGCAGCAGCAGCAGCAGCAGGGAGCCCCGCAGCAGGCUGAUCGGGAUGGAGUUCGAGAACAAGCCCCCCUUCCGCUGCGGAGUGGGCUUUCUGGGCAACGAGGCGCAGCCAGAAGAACUCGAAGUGCCCGGGAAGCUGCUGCUGCAGCUGCUGCUGGGGCUCUGUUUGCUGCACGGCUUCCACACUGUGUGGCUGCUGGACUCAGCAGCAAAUGUGCAUUCCCGCGAACUCCUCAAGUUCGCAAUGGCAGCAGAAGCUGCCACUUCUUACUACGAGAGCAGCGGCUUCCUCUUCAGCGUGGACACAGUGCUGCAGCGCCACAGCCCCGUGGUUUGCGGCUCCUUCGAGGCCCCCAGCAGCAGCAGCAGCAGCAGCAGCAGCAGCAGCGAGGACGAGCAGCAGCAGCAAGAACUCGAGGCCAUCUGCGCUGUCCACUCCGACUUGCUGCAGACUCCAGGCUCAGACCCCACAGUUCUUUUUCCCUUGAAAGAUGUGGCUUUCAAGUUGCUGCAGGGCCUCACUUUCGACUGCAGCGCCCCCUCCUGGGCGGGCUGCAACAGCAGCAGCAGCAGCAGCAGCAGCAGCAGCAGCAGCAGCAGCGGGGACCUGUUCCCGCUGCUGCGGCUGCUGCCAAACGGCCGCUGCGCCUUCCAGGAGCAGCAAAUGUGGCAGCAACUUGCGCAGCAAAGUCCGAAGCACUGCGGGCUGGGGGCGCGGGUGGGGGCCUGCCACAAGUGGGUGCGGCAGCAGCUGGGCUGCAGCAGCAGCAGCAGCAAAGGCUGCCCCUACCUCAAGUUUCUUUACUCCAACUUCAUCACUCCGGGCUCAGACCCUUCGCAGAAGCUGCCUGCUGCUGUGGCUAGCUACUGGGAGGCCCACGGCCGGCAGCUAGCUGCUGCUGCUCGCGAGUCGCCGCGGCAGCUGCUGCUGCAGCUGCUGCAGAAGGAGGUCGACAGCUGCAGCAGCAGCAGCAGCCUGCAGCGCGAAAUGCAGCGCCUCGGCAUUGACUGCCAGCAGCUGCAGCGGGACGGAGAGCUGCUGCAGGAGGUGCUGCAGCACUCCCUGCUGCUGGUCGACUACACCAGCCUGCCCCAGUUCUGGGUGUCGCGCGCAGCAGCAGCAAACGUUGCACCAGCAGCAGCAGCAGCAGCAGCAGCAGCAGCAGCAGCGCAACACCAACCCCAGUGCCCUGCUUCCUUUGCCUGGGAAUUCAUUCGCCGCAUGCAGGGCCAAAUGUACAAACACGUCAGCACCUCCAGACCCUCCAUAGGCACUGCAGCAGCAAUUCGCCCCCACGACCCAGACGAAGAGCGGCAUUAG